UUUUGAAGUAUAUUUCAACAGGGUGGCAACCAAAAACAAGGAAUGCCGCAUUUUUUACGUAAAACAUUUCUAUUGCCUAAGUUCAACAAGUUAACUUUUAAAGUUUGAAUUUUGUAAAUAUCAAACCUCGUAUAAGAUUAGUUGUAUCAGCUCAAAAAUGAUUUAUACAACCACGUUGCUGUCCCGAGGAUCGCUGAUCGGCUCGCUAAUCAACAAAGUCAGGCAAGUUGUAGGCAAAAAAAACGAAAUUACUAGCAGUGCCCCCCCGGCACUGUCCAAUCAAAUCAACAACUUAAAUCUCACACCUACUACAAACUGCGCCACCAACAGACCCCUAGCCGCUGCCAGUAUCAGCAACAGUCCCGUUCAGCAGUCCAAGACCGUGGAGGAACAAGUUGGACUGCCGCCGCGGCCCAAGAAGCCAUUGACACCAUAUUUCCGCUAUAUGCGAGAAAUGCGCCCCAAACUGAUAGCAGCUAAUCCAAAUAUUUCAACAGUAGAGGCCGUACGUCAAUUAUCCAAAUCAUGGGUGGUUGUUGAUGCCAAACUAAAGGAUCGACUGCAGGACGAGUACAGAAAGGACAAGGAAACUUAUAUUGCACAACGUGCCAAAUACGAUGCCACAGUCACCGACGAACAGCGCGCCGAGAUCAGGCAAAUAAAGCAAGAUCUUGUGGAUGCCAAAGAGCGGCGUCAGCUGCGCAAACGUGUCAAAGAACUCGGUCGUCCCAAAAAGCCCGCCUCUGCCUUUCUACGUUUUGUGGCCAGCGAGCGUAUCAAUACGCCACAGACUGGACAGCAAACAUAUCGGGAUUGGCAUCAAAAGGCAACAGCAAAAUGGACACGUCUCUCGGAUGCAGAGAAGGCAGUCUACCUGCAGGAGUCACGCAAGGAGCUCGAUCAGUACAAAAAAGCCAUUUCCAUUUGGGAGGAGAAAAUGAUACGCCUCGGCCACAUUGAUGUGGUGCGUCAUGGCAAUCUAAUUGAACCGCCAGAGCCUAAGCCACGCAAAUCUAAUGUUGGCAAAGAGAAGUAAUCUUGAAUUCUCCUCUCUCGCCAUCAUCCAUCACAAUUUCAUUAUUUUCAUUUUGUUUUCUUCGAUUUGGAUUCUUUUGGGAAUUGUUAAUGUUAAGCAUUAAAGUCUCCAAAUGACGUAUACACUAGGUUUGUUCCUCACUUAAUUCUACUACCAAAUAAAUUUAGUCAUCUUUUCUGGACAAUGUUAAAAUGGCCCAGCAUUAUGUAUUAAAUGCAAACUGAACUGAAA